CCUACGCCUGUAGCGCGGUGCCCAGCUUUGCGCUGCUACAGCCGAGGCAUCUCAACCGAGUGUCGAGAUAUGCGAGCAUGGGGUAUGACGGCGGGUGUGACUGCUGGAGUGUCGACCUGCACGUGGACUGGCGCGAGCUUGUGGGCGUGCAAGGCGUGCGCAACGAGGGCGCGUGCAAGGCGUCAUGGGCGAUCACAGCAGUGAACGCGGUGGAGUUGACAAUGGCUAUGAUUGCAAACCAGCUAGACUCUUACGACAGUGCAUUCAACAUCUCCGUGCAGCAGGUGGUGGACUGCGAGCCUAGCAGCAGCAGCUGCAAGGGCGGGUGGCCCUCAUCAGCGCUGGACUACAUGGUGGACGCGAGCAACGACCUGGGAGGGGUGGUGCCUGAGAUGCAGUAUCUGUACAAGGGCAAGCAGGCCAAGUGCAACGCGGGCAAGAUUGCCACCGCAUCCACGCCAUUGGGUCUGGCGCGCUAUGAGCAGGUGGACUUCUACGGCUGGAUCGGGCUCGUGCUGGCCGUGCAGGUGCAGCCGGUCAUUGCCUUCGUGCGCGGCAGCUACCCCUCCUUCCAGAAGUACAAAUCGGGCGUGUACGACGAUCCCAAGUGUGCGGCAGCAGGCAUAGUGGACCAUGCAGUGCUGGUGGUGGGGUAUGAGUUCACGGGGCGAAAUGGGCAGGGCAACUGGAUCGUGCGCAACUCGUGGGGCACCAAGUGGGGCGAGCAGGGCCAUAUGAGGAUGGCUUUCGCAGGAAGCGUUGGCAUUUGCGGAAUCCAUUCCGUGCCGGCUAUCUACCCCAUCAUUCAGGUGCCAUCGCCCUGUGACUCGCCUCAGAAGCCCUGUGGGGGCAGCGUGUGUGUGCCCGAGGACGGUGGCUACUCUUGUCAGUGUCCGGCUAGCUUUGUCAGUUUCACCAACGACGACGGCACCACGACUUGCGCCCCUAUGGACGCAUGUGGCAUGCAGGCGUCCAACCCAUGCCUCACAGGCACUUGCAUCAACGACAACGCGGGCGGCUACUUUUGUCUUUGCCCCCCGGGAUAUGUGAAGGGCAGCCUCACACUCGGAUGGGAUACCUGCACGCCCUUCCUCCCCAUGUGCCACCAUCCCAGCCAACACCGAAGUCAACGUGGCGCCCACAUCCACCUGCGUCGCUUGCAGCCUUUUCUACUCCUGGACCAACGACUCCUCCUGCUCGCCUGUAGCGCAACUGUUCGGAAUCGACGAGACCGAGUUGACUCGCUUGAAUCCUGGGCUCGACUGCUCCGGCAGCGAGUCCUGCCACGCGCCCUCUCCUGGCCAGCAG